GGCGGUGCCGGCCCGGCCCCCGGGCGGAGCGGGGCUGCUUCCCGCCUCCGCCCUCCUCACUGCCUGCUCCCGGAGGCUCCGGCUGUGGUGGUGAGCGGGCACUGACCGUCCUCAUUCGCUUUCUGCAGACUCGGACUCGGUCCCGGCCCGGCGAGCUGCGAAAUGGCGAAGUCCACAAGAGGCACCGUGACAGAGUUCUCUCCUUUUGAUGCCAGAGCUGAUGCAGAAGCUCUUCGUAAGGCCAUGAAGGGAAUGGGUACUGAUGAGGAGACUAUUCUGAAGAUCCUUACCAGCAGAAAUAAUGCUCAGCGUCAAGAAAUUGCAUCUGCCUUUAAAACACUAUUUGGCAGGGAUCUUGUAGAUGACCUGAAGUCAGAACUCACUGGCAAGUUUGAAACAUUGAUGGUAUCUUUGAUGAGACCAACGUAUAUUUUUGAUGCUCAUGCACUGAAGCAUGCAAUCAAGGGAGCAGGAACCAACGAGAAAGUGUUGACUGAAAUUCUUGCCUCCAGAACACCUGCUGAAGUGCGGAAUAUUAAACAGGUUUAUCUGCAAGAGUAUGAGGCUAACUUGGAGGAUAAGAUCACAGGAGAAACAUCAGGCUAUUUUCAGAGAAUGCUGGUGGUCCUUCUGCAGGCAAAUAGAGAUCCUGAUGGCAGAGUUGAUGAGGGUCUUGUUGAGCAAGAUGCACAGGUCUUGUUUAGAGCUGGGGAGUUGAAAUGGGGAACAGAUGAAGAGAAGUUCAUUACCAUCUUGGGAACCCGAAGCGUUUCCCACCUAAGGAGGGUAUUUGACAAAUAUAUGACUAUUUCCGGCUUUCAAAUUGAAGAGACCAUUGACCGUGAAACCUCUGGUGAUUUGGAGAAGCUUCUUCUGGCAGUUGUGAAAUGCAUCCGAAGUGUGCCUGCCUAUUUUGCUGAGACUCUGUAUUAUUCCAUGAAAGGGGCUGGCACUGAUGAUGACACCCUGAUCAGAGUCAUGGUUUCGAGAAGUGAAAUCGAUCUGUUGGAUAUUAGACAAGAGUUCAGAAAGAAUUUUGCUAAAUCAUUGCAUCAAAUGAUUCAGAAGGAUACGUCUGGGGACUACAGGAAAGCGCUCCUGCUCCUCUGUGGCGGAGAUGAUGAGUAAUGGUGGCAGCGACACGAAGGAUUUGUUGUACUCCAGCUUUGCAGCCCUUCAGUUAGCAUGCCUAGCUAAGUUUUUGCAUCUUAAUGCUUUCUGGCUGUUUGAAUUUAUACUAGUAUCGCACUUACUAAAAACAUGCAUAUUAUCCAGCAGAUAAUCAGUCUCCCCUUCAAUUUCAAGUGCCUUUGGAGAGUAUGCUAAGUCCUCAUCAUGGAAGAUGGGUACUGAGCACAGAACCCAGUUAUUUGCAAGUGUUUUGCUGAAAUAGGAGAAAAAAAAAAUCAUGUAUUUCCACUAAUAAUUUAAAGACCUUUUUUGCUUUUAUUCCCUAUGUUUGCACUGAAUGUUAAGCUAGUUUUAACAUUGCAAAUGAAGAAAAGGUAUCCUUUGUAUGUAAUAUUUGAAUGAAUUUGCUGAUCAUAAUAAAACCAGUCAUUGGAAAUCUAAAGAACCAAUAAAUUUUUUCCCUCUCA